UGUCCCCACCCACUCGCCGUCCAGUCCAGCGGCAUGGUCCUCCACCACGGCCACGAUCAUCAUCGCAUAUAGACCCACUUCGGCACUUCCCCCGCGCCCAUGCAUCAAGGUGCUGGCAUUCGUAUCGUAUCUCGGGUCAAAGCGGCAAGCACUCAGCACCAGGCCAUGUCCGGAGCGGCGCCCGACGCCGAGUCCGGCCGAGAGGGCUUCACCUGCAGCGCGCUGCUCAUGUGCCUCUACCUGCCGGGCCUCUCCAAGAAGAAGCCGGUGGAGGCGAUCAGCACGAGCCCGCCGACAGCAGAGACGGCACCGGCACCGGCACCGGACCAGCCUGCCGAGCAGCAAGAGUCCCCGUAUGCGCCGCCGAGCCGUGCCGCGUCGCUGGACAAGUCUGAGUGCGCGUCGCUCUACUCCCGCAACAACAUCGUCUUCGACUUCAUCGUGGAGGAAGGGGACCAGGCGCAGGCGGCGAUCCAUGGGUACUGCCCGUCGCCGUGCUUCGACCUGCCCGUGGAGCUGAUAAGGGCCGGCGAGCGCUUUGGCGUCGUCGCCGCUGACAGCGAGGCGACGACGCCGGUCACGGCCACGUUCGUGUUCGACGACGGCCAGGGAAGGGGCGCUUUGAAGAAGAUGGCGUCGUGCCUGGCACCCGGGACCGACGGCAGCAGCGGGCCGCCGCAUCUCGCGAGGUUCUUGUCUGCGUCCGGUCGUUCUAGCGCGCCGCGGCCUCUCGUGACGCCUUCCCGUGACGCGCCGCAGGGUGAAUCGGUGAUGGUGCCCGCCUGCAAUGCAACGAGUGGCGGCAGCCUGUCGUGACAGCGUCGUACGUGCGACGGCUGCUUGACGCUGCACGCAUGAUUAGUCCAUUUAUCCGUGUAUUGCUGAAUGAAACCGACAUUGUCAUUUUCAUGUUCCAAAUGCUCGGUAUUUUUCUCGUUAUAGUGUCACGGGCAAAGGAUAACAGAACGAAGAGCACUAUACAAAUCACGCUACAGAUACCUGAUUCACAAAUUAACUAGUUCGAGAAACUUGCCACACAUUCAUAUUAGUAGAUUGAAAUCAUACCUCACCCAAAGAAUUCCAGAAGCAGAUGAAGCGAAGCACGGCAUGUUUCGCCGGACAAGGAACGAACAAAGCCGGGCCGGUGCACCAGCACUCGUGACCGGGAGCCGGCCGUCCCCAAGCAAAGCGUCUCAGCCGUGCGCGUCCUCAUGUCGAACACCUCGCAGUGCUGAUGAGGGCAGUCCCUGCGGCGAGUGCACCCGUCAAGGGUCAUGUACAUCUCCUGGCUGAAAUAGAUGCGGUCGCCUCGCGCGCCGCGGUACCGGGACGACGGACGGGACGGACAUGGAAGACGAUCCCUCUGUGGACCAGCAGA